UCAUGACCAACAUGUGUUAAAAAGCUGACUCCCUGCUCCUCCCUGACUCCUCCCAACUUGCUCAGGCAUUAGAAUUUGUGAGAGGUGAUGCCAGACGUGCAAUCCCAAGGCACAAGAAACGGAGCACGUUCGAAUGACAGAGUGGCCAUCAGCUCUGCACAACCUGCUACUGCUGCGACAAUGUCGGGAGUGGAACAAUUAAAGACCAAGGAAUUUUGGAGGGCCGUAGGUGGCGAAUUUGUAGCCAUGCUCAUGUUUGUGUUCCUCGGCGUUGCCUGCACCAUCGAUUGGGCGUCAGCUCCAGCAAAGAGCAAUAGUACAGCGAGCUGUCCGACCCAGUCGGACCGCACGGUCCUCAUUUCGCUGUGCUUCGGCUUGUCCAUUGCCAUGCUGGUUCGGUGGUUUGGCCCCAUCAGCGGCGGACACAUCAACCCGGCCGUCACGUUGGCGAUGGUCGUGACCAGGAAAGUGACCAUCAUCAAGGGGGUGUUCUACCUGCUGGCCCAGUUAGUCGGUGCAGUCGCAGGUGGCGGGAUCGUGCGCCUCUUCUCGCCCUCCUACUUCCGGGAGAACCUGGGCGUCACCGGGUUGGGUAAAGAUGUCUCGGGACCAAUCGGCCUACUGGUGGAGCUUGUCUUAACGUUCCAGCUGGUCUUCACCAUAUUUGCCUCAUGCGACCCCAAACAAACCGACCUGGGCGGAUCCCCUGCCGUGGCCAUCGGCACGUCCGUAACGAUUGGUCACUUAGUUGGGAUUCCUUUCACAGGAGCCAGCAUGAACCCCGCUCGUUCCUUCGGCCCAUCGGUGAUCGCGAUUAAUUUUAAGGAUCAUUGGGUUUACUGGGCGGGACCCUUCCUGGGCGCCAUCAUCGCCGCACCCCUGUACGAGCUCAUCUUCUACCCAUCUUCCGGCAAACCGAGUCCAGGGCGGGUGAUUCCCAAGGAGCAAAUGGGGGCCUUCAAGGAUGGGAUGGGCUCCAUGCAGCCGGUCAAGAGGAAGAGGAGAACGGAGCGAAAAGACCCGCCGCCAACGAGAGAAGUGCUGUCCACUGUAUGACAAUCCAAUGCACCGGAGAGCAAACUUUAGGACAGAAUUUGGUUUUGGACAGUUUUUGGCUUUCAGCUCGAGCCACCCCCGCCACCCCCUUUCUCCUUAUACCUCCCAUGCCUUCAGAUAAUUCCUCCUUGAAUGCGUUUUCAGGGUUUGUGCACUGAACAAUUUCGAUGACAUGUAGCUUUGCUAGCAGCAGAGAGACAGUUUGCAAACCCUGAAAAUUCUCUCCAAAAGCGCUGAAAAACAAAAAAUGUAUAUGACAAUAGGCUGAGAAACCUUGAGUUAUUAAUUCUUGCAGUACAGAACGUCCCUCAAAUGAACGAGAUCGUGUAAUUUUGCUAAUCCAAUCAAUGACGCCAUUGACCGAUGUGCAAAUUACGACAUACCGAUGACUGGCU